CGGUGGACGCUGUUCGAAGGGGAAUUUUCCUGCAACCCCAAGUCCUGGCGUGCAAAAAGAAGGAACGGUGUAGAGAGGCGUCCUCAGGCGGUGGCUGGACUAGCCAGAGAAGGGUUUUUGCAUUCUUGAUUCUAAAAAAAGCUAAAAGUGAAUACAGAAAAGGGAGGACUAGUUACCACUACAUGAACUGUGUGUUUGCUGUUUUUUGUUUUUGUGUUUUUUACUUCGGGACCGUCUACUUUCUGACUAGGUUUUCUGAGACAGAAAGGUCUAAUUAAGCGCUUAUUCCUAUCCUUUCUAAGGAAACUGCCUUAAGUUUUUAUCACUCUCUGGAAGCACCAGCCUCUUAACCCGUUGUGGAGUGAGCUUAAUUUAAGAAUUGUUUUGUUUUGUUUUUCUCACCCUUCCCCAUACCUACUUUUUAAAGUUUUUUGGGAAAAUUUGGAUUUGGGCAAUUGUGAAAGGAUUUUGUACAUGUUUAGGGUAUUAUUGGAUUCCUCCUCCCCCUUUGUGAAAUAUCCUCAGGACUAUACCCUGUGCAACUCACUCAGCCCCUGCCUGUUUGAACAUCUAUAGCCUAAUUUUCUUUCUGCUUUUGAGAGGUUCCUGCCAAGCCUAAAUCUGGGGCUUAGUCUCUGUAGAAACUGUGGUGCAGUUGUAUGUCAGAAGAUGGCAGGAUCUCACCUUUCCAGCUGCCCCCUUCUUCUCUUGGCCCUGGGGCUAUUAGAAAUGGCUUCUUAUGCCAGUUCUGUGGAAACUGAGAAAAAUGGAAGCAGAAGGAGCCAUGAGAAGAAAUCCCAGUGGAAUGAAUAUCCCACAGGACAAAGAGCUGGCAGCCUCUCCUUGGUAGCAUCCAAUGAUCCGGAAACAAUUACAAGAAAUUCUCACAUCGACCCCCGGGAUGCCUGGAUGUUCUUUAUGAAGCAAUCAAACAAAGGAGCCAACAGCAAAAAAAGGAGCAAAAGCAAAUCUAAAAAAAUCAGGUUUGGCAUUCCCGGCCUCCCUGGGCCAGCUGGUCCACCAGGACCUCCUGGAGCUGCAAUCAGUCAGGAGGAGCUGCUACAUGAAUUCCGUUUGCUGCUUAAAGGAAUAAUCCGGGAAUGGGAAGAAUUUAAUCUGAAAACCUGUGACAACUGCCAGGAAGAGGAGAGAGACCAGAGAGAAGAGAACUUCUUGGCUCAGAUAACUGGCUCACUGUUGGCAAGCAGGGAACAGGGGCGAGUAGAGGCUGCCUUCCACUGCCGGACCCGGAAGAACAUUUCCAUUGAACGACGGUCCCUUAAAGAACUUCAUCUGUUCUACAUACCUAAAUCAGGCAAAAUAUUCCAUCGUGGCCUAGGGCUAAACCUUACCAAUGGCCAAUACAAAGCACCUCUAAGUGGAUACUACAUCUUCACUGCUACACUACAUAUUGCUAACAGGAAUCAUUCAAACAAAAGCCAGCCACGCACCCAAGAUCGCCUGCGCUUGCUUAUCUGUGUUGAGUCUCUCUGCCAGCAAAACAUUUCGUUGGAAACCGUGAGCGGCAUAGACAGGAACAGCAAACUUUUCACUAUUUCAGUCAAUGGAAUUCUUUUCCUUCAGGUUGGCCAAUAUGCUUCGGUUUUUGUUGACAAUGCAACAGGAUCAUCCCUCACAGUACAAAAAGGAUCAGACUUCAGUGCUGUCUUCUUGGGCCUCUGAUUGGCCCACAGGGGCCCUUAAGCUAGAACCCAGCCCUAAUCUAAGUUUGUUCUCUUCAGUCCCAUUGACUCUUCAGGCCUUGACCUCAGAGAGAAGUGUAUGGCACCGGCAAAGCUAUAAAGCAGCACAGUUCCUGUUCAUGUAGUACAAGCAUAUCACAUAAUGGUGUUCCUUGGUCAAGCACUUGAAGUGAAAGAAGAAUCUCUCAUACAUGUAAAACUCAACCCCUCCACACACCCCAAAAUAGGAGCAAGUUUAGUGACAUUAGCUUAGUAAUGCCUUUGUUGUUGAACAUUUAUUGUUUGAUGUAUGUUUCAUAGCCCCUCUUGAAGGGUGGUUUUCUAAACUUAGCUUAUCCUUAAAAGCAUAUGCACACAUAGCUUUACAUAAUUAGUAAAGAAUAGGCCAUUGAGGGAUUGUAACCUUUGUGGCAAAGGAUUUUUGGUUUAGCAUGCAAUCUUUCACAGAACUUCUUUGCUGCAUUUUUCUGCAGUGCCCAAAUAGUCAUCAUUUGCAACUCAAGGAAGUUUUGAGAUAAGUACUAGGGUACUUAUAGACCCUCACUGCUGUCCCAAAAUUCUUGUGGCCUUAAAAAAACAUCUGGCUCUAAGCAUAGGAAACACAUAAGAUAAUAGCUUAAAACCACCCAUUUUGGACCUGAUUAAAAGUUUAUUACAGCAAGUUAGUGGGCUAGGCCAUACAUUUAAUCAGUGCUGACGUGAAGACCACUUCUGUUUCUUAGUAAUUAUUUUUUGUAAGGCUGCCAGAAUUGUAGAGUGAUAUCUAAGAAUUUUAACCCUGUACACCACCACCCUCCCCUCUACAGCAACUAUGGCACCUAGGCAGGCAUUUGAUGUGUUCCAACAACUUUUCGGUUGUAGUCUACAAAAGUACUUCUGUAACAGGUCAUUCUGACUGCUUUUCUGUAUAUUUAUGCUGCCAAGCAAAAAGCAAGAACUAUUAGAGCCACUUUCCUCCUGGAAUCACUAACAAAUCUGCUUCAGCAAAAUGUGCUUCUUGAUGCUCCGGUGUUGCUGACACAUAGGAAAUCCUACUUCAAAUGGCAGAUGAGGAUCUCCAAGUACAGGAUCUUUACCAUCCACAAAGCAAAAAAUUACAUUUUGAAAUUUUCUCCACUUGAAAAACUCCCUGCGUAUAAGAAUGCUAGCAUGCUAAUGUGACUUCUGAAUUUCUGCUCCAAGGGAAUAUUCCAACAAGCAUUCUCCCCUCCUCUGCUUAUCACCCUCUGUGAAAACUGAACAUAAGGCAAAUAUUGUUUCCUCCAAAACAAAAUUCAGUGCUAUGUAGUUAAGAUUACCAAGCUAAAUGAGCACCAACGGAAGAGCAUCAACCCAACCGAUUAUAUUCUGUUGCUGGAACUUACCCAUAUAUUUUGUAAACUGGGCUAAUUCCCAGUAAACUGAGCACCCACCCUUCUCCCUCUGGCAAUACCAUCCAGCCAGAUAAGCUCACAUUGGUGCCCUGCCCUGCUUCACGAGCACACGUAGGGUUCACCCUGCAACUGUUUUGUAAUGCUUACAUUAAUAUAGUAUGAAAAACUAUAUUUAUUGUGCUGUAUUAAGAAUAUAUAUAUUUAUGUACUUGGCUUGUUAAAUGCAUUUUUUAAUACACUGAAGGAAGACGGUGCAACAGAAAAGGCUCUUUAUGUAAUCCCUGUAAGACUAAAAUACAGGUCUCACCUCACUAGGGCUGCAGGUAGCCAUAUGACAUCAACUCAGUUUUAGACCUGCUGAUGACAAAACAAGCAAUUUCAAAACAGUUUUUUUUCAGUUGUCUGGUCACUCAUUCAACUGGCCAAGAUCUAGUGUUGACCAUUCAAGUCAUGCAUAUACUUUUACAAACUACUGUUAAAGAAUUCUUGUUUCAUAAUUAUAUUUUGAAAAUUAAUCCUUGAAAACUCUGGCCCAUUCUCACUUAUGAGGAAGAUUACUGGACAUUUUGCUGCAGCUGCCUCCAUAUUCAUCACUUCUAACAGAAAGUAUAAAAAGGUGACUUUUGAUGCAUAUGUGUACUUAAAUAGAAAAGAUGCAUGAGGCUGGAGCUGGCUUAGUUCAGUGGUACAUAUACUUGUGCAUAGAGAUGUAUUUCUAAUGAAAAAUACAAAUGGAAGUGCAUACAUGCUUUUCAUAUCUUGGCAAGGAAACUU